UCAUCACUGUUGUUUGCACCAAACCACAGAGAGCUGGUCUCUGCUCACGGCUACGACCACAACAACGUGGUUAUCUGGAAGUACCCUUCUUUCACCAAGGUUGCAGAGCUUAACGACCAUAAGGACAGAGUUCUCAGUCUGACUCUGAGCCCAGACUUCUCUUCUGUAGCGACUGUCGCAGGAGACGAUAUUCGACUGUGGAAGUGCUUUGAGGUGGAUCCUGUUGAGAAGAAGGCCAAAGAGAGGAUGGUCAAAUCAAGUCGCAGUGUCAUUCAUCAGUCAAUCAGAUAAUGUUCUGGAGUUUAUUUAUGCUAUACCAGCCACAAGCCCUAGUGCCUGCAAGGAGGAUUUUCUCAGCAAUGAAGAAAUAACAUAAUCCCAUUUAGGAGCCAGGCAGCUCACAUACGUUUAGCUUCCUUUUUUGUUUUGGCAAAUCUUUUCUCCUUUCUACCAUAUAAUGUAACUUAUCAUGCAUGACAAUCACCAAAACUGUACAAAGGUCCAGUCCUAUGUUUAAAGAAAUGAAACCGCCUUGUGGUCUGUUAGUCUUGAUGGUAACACUAAAUGUAGGUACCCUCUAAAGUUUGAAAAUUGAUUGAUUCUCAACAAAUCAACCAAACAGUGCAUAUAGAAAGCAUUCAGACCCCUUCACAUUUUUUCACAUGUUGUUAUUAAUUUUUUGCUAAUUUAUUAAAAAAGAAAAACUCACUUAUCACACUGACAUAAGUAUUCAGACCCUUUACGAUGACAUUUGAAAUUUUGCUCAGGUGUCUCCCACUUAUCUUGAUCAUCUUUGAGAUGUUACUUCACCCUUACUUGAGUCCAUGUGUGGUAAAUUCAGUUGUUUGGACAUGAUUCAGAAAGGCAUACACCUGUCUAUAUAAGGGCUCACAGCUGACAAUGCAUAUCAGAGGAAAAACCAAAAUAUGAGCUCGAAGGAACUGCCUGCAGAGCUCAGAGACAGGAUUGUGUCAAGGCACAGAUCAGGGAAAGGAUACAAAAAAUGUGUGCUGCAUUGAAGGUCCCUAAAAGCACAGUGGCCUCUAUAAUUCUUAAAUGGAAGAAGUUUGAAACAACCAGGACUCUUCCUAGAGUAGAGGCAGCUGCCCAGCCAAACUGAGCAAUCAACAGAGAAGGGCCUUGGUAAGAGAGGACCAGGAACCUGAUGGUCACAAUGGCUGAGCUCAAGAGAUCCUCCUGUGUGGAGAUGGGAGAAACUUUCAGAAGGGCAACAAUCUCUGCUACACUCAACCAAUCUGGGCUUUAUGGAAGAGUGGCCCGACAGAAGCCUCUCCUCAGUGAAAGACACAUGAAAGCCUACUUAUAGAGUACAGUCCGCCUCCUGGCUUAGAGACAACUUUGUGUAUGUCCUUGAGUAGCCCAGCCAGAGCCCUGACAUGAACCCAAUUGAACAUCUCUACAGAGACCUGAAAAUGGCCGUCCACCGAUGGUUCCCAUCUAACCUGACAGAGUUUGAGAAGAUCUGCAGAGAAGAAUAGC